AUGUCAUCCGAGCAUGAACAGCGCAUUACCGAGCUUGAGAAAUGUAUUCUAAUUGCUCAAGUGUUGCUUGGAGAAGAACCCAUGGUUGAUUAUCGACCAUCUUUUAUGAGGGAAUUAGAACUUGAUGCUUUCUUUCAAAAUCAUCGAAUGGCAUUAGAACAGCAUUUGCCACCUGAAAUGCGCA